AACCCCAGGCCUGGCGCUCGGCUCCUCGGCUGCCCUGCGACCUGGCAGAUUCAUGGCAGCAUCGGGCUGCUUAGGGCCUGGCUUUCUGUUGCCCCCUUGGUCCCAGGCUCUGGCAGCUGCGAGAGAUGCCGUGUUGGCCGGCUGAGCCGGGCUCCUGUUCGACGGAAGGCGAAAGGAGAGAGAGAGACGAAGGAGAACCAUAAGGGAGGGAAGAGAAAGGGCCCCUGGGAGUUUGGGGGAGUGUUUGGGAUUCAGCCAAGGCCAGUGGAAGUGGUGGUGUCAUCGCGGCCCAGUCUGCUCCGACACCUCUCGGGAUCCAGACAGCAGGACCCAGUGAUGUCUCGGUGGCUCCCGGGGGGGCAGCCAGGCUGGGACACUCCUUCGCCUUCUUCCAAUCGGGGCGUUCGCGUCUGGCCAGCUUUUCUCCCAACGUCUCUUCUUGUGAGGACCCCAAAAGGCUGCACUGGGCGGCCUCACCCGGCCCCCCUGUUAGCUGGGCUGCUGCUGGGUGGCGCUGUGGGCGGGGAGGUGAAGGGCAGCACCAAGGCCUGGCGGUUGGGCUCUGCUCCGGCCUGGGGGCACUUGGCUCCAGGCGGCUGGGAGGGUCCUCAGCCAAGGGAGGCAGAGAGCCGUGAGGAGCAGCCGUCUGCAGCGGUGUCCGUCCCCCAGCCUGGCACAGGGAUGGGUGAUUCCUUCCGCUGGCUGCGCCCAGCAACUCCCCUGCGGACAGGCGCUGGGGGAGCGGGUGCGGAUCGGACCAAGGGCUGGUGCUCAUGUGCCCCGGGCGUGGCCCGAGCGCUGGUCCCAUGGCACUGCCUAGAGGGCCUGACCCAGGUCACAGUACCGAGUCUGGCCGUGGGGAGGGGGCAGUGAGCGGUUACUCGCAAAGCCGGGUUAAUGGCUAACUGGCCGGGGGCUCGGGCAAAGGUCACCUCCACUCAGCCUGAACUCCCAGCCCUGCUCUGGCCCCUGCGGGGGCAAGUGGCCCUGCCCUGCGCCCUCCCCCCGGCUGCCAUGUCCUGUGCCAGACGGACGCAGGGAGCGUAGGGAAGGGGCAGCAUGAAUGGGGGCUGCUGCGGGAGCCCUGCCUCCCGGAGCCCCGUGCGCACCUCCUACUCCCUGCUGAAGACGCCCCCCUGGGGCCUGAGCUGCUGCUUUGCCCUGCAGCACCUGGCCGUCCAGGCCUCUCUCCUCUGCAUCUUCCACCUGCUCCUGCUCCCAGCGCCCCCGAUCCGGGACCAGAACCGGAGCUGGAGCGAGCUGCUGGCCCGGAGCCUCUUUGCCUGUGGGGUCUCCACGGCGCUGCAGACCAGCCUGGGCAGCAGGUUGCCCUUGGUGCAAGCGCCGUCGUUCGAGUUCCUGAUCCCCGCCAUGGUGCUGAGCCGCCACGUGCCCCACACGGCCAGGAACGGGACAGAGGAGCAUGCUGAGUGUGCUGGGCAGGACUGUGCAGGCCCCGGGAGCUGGAACCAGCCACUCAGAGAGGUCUCUGGAGCCGUGGUGGUCUCGGGGCUGGUGCAGCUGGCGCUGGGGGUGUCUGGCGUGGGGGGAUGGAUAGCCCAGCGCUGCGGGCCCAUGGUCCUGGCCCCCAGCCUCUCCAUCAUUGGGCUGUCCGCCUACAAAGAGGCAGCCCACUUCUGCUCGGACAGCUGGGGGGUGGCCCUGCUGCUCGUGCUCCUUGCUGUCCUGUUCUCCCAGCACUUGGGGUCCUGCCGCCUGCCCCUUUGCACGUGGACCCGGGCCAAGGGCAUCUCCAUGGAGACAAGCAUCCCAGCCUUGCGCAUGUUUUCGGUGCUGCUUCCGCUUUGCUGUGCCUGGAUUGUCUGGGGAAUCCUGAGCCACCUCCGCCUCCCCUGGGACCUGCUGGGCCCCGCCACGUGGCAGCUGCCCGCAGCCAACGGCUCCCUCCGCUCCCCUUGGCUCCAAGUCCCCUACCCAGGUGAGCAGGAAUGGCCGUCCCUCAGCGCCCGGGCUCUGGGCGUGGGCGUUGCCAUGGGCAUCACCUCCAGCAUGAACUCCGUGGGCUGCUACCUGCUGUGCCCGCGAGCGCUGCGGGCCCCCGCCCUUCCUCGGCACGCCUGCAACCGCGGGCUCUGCACGGAAGGGCUGGGCAGCCUCCUUUCGGGGGCGCUGGGGGGCGUGAGCGGCACGGCUUCCAGCGUCCCCAACGCCUGCACCAACAGCCUCACCCAGGCCAGCUCGCGCCACUCCGUGCAAGUGAGUGCGUUGGCAUGUGUGUUCCUGGGCCUGUCCCCCCGGCUGGCAGAGCUCCUCACCACCAUCCCACUGGCGAUUCACGGCGGGGUGCUCUGCGUGACAUACACCGUUGCCGUUGGCACUGGGAUUUCGUAUUUCCAGUACGCGAACAUCGACUCGGGGAGGAACAUCUUUAUCGUCGGCUUCACCAUGUUCAUGGCGCUGCUGGUGCCGCGGUGGCUCAGUGCGACCCCCAGAUACGUAGCCACAGGCUGGGUCUGCCUGGACCUUUUCCUCCUCUCUGUGCUGACAGUUCCAGUCUUUUUAACUGGCGUCUUGUCCUUCUUCUUGGAGAACACGGUCUCAGCCAUCUCCACUGCAGCACGUUUGUGUUAGUAGAAGAGAGGGGAGAGCACGGCUCCUACUGGCUGCCUCUAGCAGAGCAAGUGCCCUGUGGUGCUGGAGCCCCGCGGGGCAAAAGUCUGCUCUGGACCGAGGCCAGAUUCACUAGGGGCUGAGAAUAGAGCCAACAGCCAGCUGGGCUGCGUCACCCUCUCUGCACUUCCCCCUUUGGGUCGCGCUGUCUGAGGCUGUCCAGAGAGAGACGUGCUCACGCAGAGCAGGCCUGGCAGGUCUCCGCUGGCCUCCUAAGGUUCCUGGUGGGCCAGCAGCCUUGGAACUGCAGCCAGUUUGUGCACUGAUGCUAAAGGUACAUCACAGCCAUGCCGGGAAGUGUCUGGGACCCCGGCCUGCACCAUGCUGGGCGGGGCAUAGUUCCCAUUUGUACUUGCUCCUGGCCAUUGCUGCAGGCGGCUGUGACUCAUUAGGGGGUGGGGACAGGGCAGUUGCAAGCCCUACCUGGGAUGUCUGCUAACCCCUUGGCUUAAUAAAAACUGCCUCUUCAUCCUGGCAUGCCUGGAGGUAGCUGCACCUAGGAGUCGUCCUCUCCUAUGGAGACAUACAAAGGGCUCGCCUCAGACUCCUCCGCCAGCUGGCAGAAGUCUCUGCAGGUGCCCUGAGCAGGGCCUCUCCGCUCCAUAUACACCAGCCCGUUGGGGGUUAUUUAUCCCCAGGAUUUUGAGUCCCUCUGCUUUUCCCCACUCCCUCCCUUGCCAGGAGAGGGGACUGCAACAUGACACUGCAGGGGGCAUUGAAAACUAGCCUCUCUGUGCUCCCCUUGGACGGAACCCUAGUCUGUAAUGUCUUACCCCAGCCGAGGGCAAGCCGUAGUGUCCCUGCAGGAUGACCUCAACUCCAGCUGGGCCAGGAGCUGACGCAGCGUCCUGCCGUGUGCAGCGCUGGAGUUGU